AUGGACCCCGAGCUGAAGAAAUCAAUUGAUAAUUUGAUUGCCACGAAUGGCAUUGUGGUCUUCAUGAAGGGAUCGCGCCAAUUUCCACAGUGUGGCUUUAGCAACACCGUUGUACAGAUCUUGAACACUAUGGGCGUGAAGUACGAGACGGUGGACAUUCUGGCGGACCCCCGGUUGCGUAGCGGCAUGAAGGAGUACAGCCAGUGGCCCACCUUUCCCCAGGUCUACAUCAACGGCGAGUUCUUCGGCGGAUGCGACAUCAUGAUCCAGGCCUACCAGUCCGGGGAGCUGAAGGAGAUCCUUGAGGUGGCUCUCAACUCGUGA